CAGGAGAGCGCAUCUGUAAAUUCGUCAGUCUCUCGCACAUGAAAGUAAACCCUAAGCCUGUUUCUUGAACGCGCAGGAGUGUGAGACGAAAAAAAGGCGGCGUCGUAGAGAAGGCAGAGAGGGGUCUUUGCUUCGGUUUGUUCAGCAUCGAAACCAUGGCGGCGGCGGCGGCUUACGGAGCGAUGAAACCGACGAAGCUGGGGCUGGAAGAACCCCAGGAGCAGCUUCACCGCAUCCGGAUCACCCUCUCCUCCAAGAACGUCAAGAACCUCGAAAAGGUUUGUGCGGAUCUGGUGAGGGGAGCGAAGGACAAGCGGCUGACCGUCAAGGGUCCCGUGAGGAUGCCCACCAAGGUCCUCCACAUUACCACCAGGAAAUCUCCCUGUGGUGAAGGAACCAAUACAUGGGAUCGGUUUGAGCUACGCGUGCACAAGAGGGUGAUUGAUCUUGUCAGUUCUUCUGAGGUUGUGAAGCAGAUAACCUCGAUCACCAUUGAACCUGGUGUGGAGGUCGAAGUAACAAUCGCAGAGCCAUAAAUUGGUUUAUUUAAUUAUCUUAUGACAUUAUACCUUUAGCUUAUCAAUGUUUUUAACAGGCAAGGAAACUCUGGUUUCAGGAGGGUUUUCCAGAGCCAUCUUCCAUUGUCUUCUGUUUGAGAUCUAUUCCAUUUUUAAGUCACAAUUUGGUUUACUACUUAA